GUUGGCUGGAGCUGGCAGCUGUCUCAUUCCGACUCUGGCUGGGAAAGAGGAGAUCCCUACCCUGUCGUUUCAUUGACAGACAUGCUGUUCAAGGUCUCUUUUCCCAGAAGUUGACCAGAAGAGGCUGAAGCGCUGAAGUUUCUUCUUCCCCAAGUCCACUGGUUUCCCUGGUAAUGGCUUGCUUCUCUCUGAGCCUCCACCCUGGUGAGACCCCCUACGUCUAGUCUGUGAACUCAGCUCGGAAACACUGCUGUAAAAAUGACCGAAGAGCCCGUCAAGGAGAUCCUGGGAACGCCAAAGUCUCCCAAGCCAGGGACAGUGGAGAAGAGCCCCAAGGGUGAAGUCGUGGUCACUACGGUCCCCCUGGUCAGUGAGAUCCAGCUGAUGGCCGCCACCGGGGGUGCUGAGCUCUCCUGCUACCGCUGCCUCAUCCCCUUCGCCGUGGUGAUCCUCAUCACUGGGAUAGUGGUCACGGCCGUGGCCUACAGCUUCAAUUCCCACGGCUCCAUCAUCUCCAUCUUGGGCCUGGUCCUUCUCUCCUCGGGACUUCUUUUGUUAGCCUCCAGCGCUUUGUGCUGGAAGGUGAGACAGAGGAACAAAAAAGCCAAGAGACGGGAGAGUCAGACGGCUCUGGUGGCACAUCAGAGAAGCUUGUUUGCUUAGGGAGACCCAGUGGGAUACGCGGCCCAAACACCCUGCUCUCCCUGUGUCAGCCAGCUCACCCAGAACUCGCGUGGGCGACCACGGACUCAGCACCCGAGCAGACCUGAGGAAUGGGAGUGGAUGGAGGGUGGGAGGCCGAGGGGGCUCUCCUGGGCGAGGAACAACUCAUAUCUUCUUCAUUGACAAACUUAACUCUAAGGGCUCUUUCUCAGAUUGUAAAUGCAGUUUUUUCUCCGCCUGAAAGAUAGUCGGGGUCAUGGGAGGUAUGCAGCCUUAGCCAACAUUCGGUUCCCCUUGGAAAGUAGCCAAGAGAAGACAAGAAAAUAAUCAGGUGGCUCUGGCACACCAGUGACUGGCCUCCAAAAGAAAUAACCCGCACGGCUGAGAAGCUGCAUCAUAAAGCAUUCUGCGCAGAGUCCAAAUGGCCUUGGACCUGGCAUACUUCUAUGAAAUUCUGUGGUGACUUCUUUUUUCAAUAAGUUGAUCAUCUGGCACCUGUUUUAUUUUUGACUUUCAGGAACUCAUAACUGGUGGUACUUUCUCCUGAAGAAUAACCUAAAUUUUUUUAUGUUUUAACAUUGGACGGUUUUAGAUGAAUAUCAUGAUGUGUCAGAAGUGAAAAGAGGUAAAGGGUGUAGCUCCUAGGUGACAUAGGGGAGGGCAUUAUAGUAAUAUUAAAAUAAUCCAACAUAGCACUUUUGAUGAUUUUUAUAUAAAGAU